CGAUCGAACAAAAACAAAAAAUCUUCGUAUGUGGCUGCCUUCGCAUCUCGUGUGAAAAAUUGAAUUGAAAUUUUUGUUUUUCUGUGCUGGUGGCAAUAAUAAAAAUUGGUGAACCGUGUCCGCGAGAACGACCGACGGAGGCCAGACGAGGCAGGAAGCUAAAACAGUGAGUUUUCCUCGGCCCAGUGCGGGCGACAUCCUUGAAAAGUGAGCACAAUCCAAAUCGCCCGUUCGAUUCCAAAAGUUUUGUUGACGGUCGCCUCUUCCGGGAGGUGGUUGGUUGCAUCCGCAAACGAGUGCAGCAGUCGGCCACAAACGGUGCCAUCAAGCUGUGUUUUCUGUCGUGCGUGGACUUAGGUGGCUGUGUUUGCUUGGGGUGUCGUCGUCGAUCUGCUGGAAGUGAAGAAAAUUCGUCAACAGAGGAAUCAGAGUUCCCGGGGGAUUCCGAUCGUCGUCGCUGCUCCUCUGUAGAAGAAGCAGCGACGCAAAGUGGUUUUCGCUGCUUCCCGAUGGGAAAGUACACGCACAGUUCGAACCUGAGCCAGCACCGGAACUUGGAGCAGAUUAGCAAUGAGCUGAUUCAGGAGACGAAAAUUUGCACCGACCAGAGCCCACUGCCGAAGGGACUCCGGGAACGCCUGGAAGGAUUACCGCGUCACAUCCGCAAGGAGGUGGUCAAACGGGCCCGAGACGGCUGCUCGCCCCUGUUCAUUGCAAGCCGCCGCGGAAACGUCAAGAUCACCGAGUAUCUCAUCACGGUCUGCGAUGCCGACAGUGAACAGAAGGGUCUCUACGAAGUGCCAGAAGACCGGUCCGUUCACUGUGUCACUCCGCUGUGGUGUGCAUGCGUUUCCGGGAAACUUCCGGUGGUGAAGUGUCUGGUCCGGUUGGGCGCCAACAUAAAUGCUCUCUCCGAUACGGGCUCGACACCGCUGCGGAGUGCCUGCUUCAUGACGCACAUCGAUAUUGUUCAAUACCUUGUGGAAAACGGGGCUGACAUCCGGAAGCCUAACUACAACGGCGGAACAUGCCUUAUCAAUUCGGUUCAAUCGGUUCAACUGUGCAGCUAUCUGAUCAGCAAGGGAGCCGACGUCAAUGCUCGUGACAUACAGGACAAAACCGCUCUCCACUACGCCAUCCAGGAACAUCGGCUCGAAACGGCUCAGCUUUUGCUGGAGCACGGAGCCGAUCCGUUUGCCAAAAGUCGUUAUGGGGACGAUGCCCUACAAACGGCGUGCCUCAAAGGAGCUCACCAGAUUUUCGACUAUCUGAAAAAUCGCAUCAACUAUUCGUCCGAACGGCUAGCCGAUGCACAUGAACUGAUCGGAUCGACCUUCAUCGAUGAUCACAACGAGACUCGGGUAGCGAUCCUGCACUGGAGACUGGCCCACCACAUCCGACUGCGGGAUGCGAACUACAUCCGAAAGAAGCCGGAGAUUCCCCUGCGAUACGCUUACGGAAAUGCGGUUGAGUUCUCCACGAUAGCCGAACUGGACAACAUUGCCGCCGAUGUGGACGCCAUGCGAAUUCAGAGCUUGCUCAUCUACGAGCGGAUAUUGGGCAUCGACCACAAGGACACCCUGUUCCGGUUGAUGUUCCGAGGGGCUUCGUAUGCGGACUCGUUGCGCUUCCAGCGGUGUAUCGAUCUGUGGCUGCUGGCGCUGCAGAUUCGAGUGCAAAAGUAUUCUAUCCUGUACUCGGACACGUGUCUUACGGCGCAGGCCAUAGUGCGACUGAUGUUGGAUUUGUUGGAUAAGUACGCCGAUGUGAUGCCGAACGAGUUCGUCGAGCAGGGCAUGCCUCGGUUUGAGGAUGUUUAUGCCGUGUUCCAGGUGCUGACGUCGAACAUCAAUGAUGCCCGUCAACUGCUCAACAUCCGCCCGGUGCACCGGAAGCAGCAGGAAAACUUCGACCGGAUUCUGAAAUGUCUGACGCACCUGAUGUAUCUGCUGAUUUCCACGGCCAAAAGCGAAGACGAUCGGGAGCUGGUGAACGGCUCGGUGCGAAAGCUGGUUCGUAACAACAUCCGCAGUGCCAUCACCAACGACACGCUGCUGCACCUGUCCGUUUCGCGACUGAACGUGAUCAAGAGUGGCUACUUUACCGACGACAGCAGUCUGAGGGUGAUCUUUCCGAAUCUGAACGUGGCCCGGUUGCUGCUGGAGUGCGGUGCCCACGUCAACGCCAAGAACGAGAGCAAAUCGACACCGCUGCUGGUGGCAUCGAUGCCGUACAAUUACGAACGGGAGUUGGUUCACACCCUGCUGGAGUACGGUGCCCAUCUGGAUCAGCCGAAUCGAAAUGACGAUCGACCGAUGUCGCUUAUCGCGAUGAACCCGGUCAACGAUAUCCCGCUAGUAAACUACAUCAGUCUCAAGUGUCUCUGCUCGACGGUCAUCACCAAGUUUGGCAUUCCGUACCGCAAUCAGAUCCCGCGGACGCUGGAAGAUUUCGUCCGGUGGCACGAACCGUAAUGAUUGGCUCCAUCGCCGCCUACGCCUAAGCAAAUUCUGUGAGUUACGCUUUUAUGGGGGUCUGUGUCAUUUGGCAUAAACGACAGUUGGCAUUAUGGUCAUUUGGCAUAAUGGACGUAUGCCAUGUAGAAAAGUGUGCAAUUUGAUUAUGCCAAAUGGCCAUUAUGCCAAACGGAUUUAUGCCAAAUGUUCCGUUCCCACUUUUAUGUACCUACUUUGAAGAGGGUGGAUUUCAUUCAGGAAAAUCUGGCAACGUUGCGUCCUUGUCAAUUGGUGUUGCCAGUUUUCCUGGUAUGAGAUCUUCUCUCUAAAACCUUUUUUGUAGCUACAGAUUCUAUCUUACCUACUUAUUUUCCCUUCGACUACUCAACAAAUGGUCUCGCCAGAAGCCCUCCGUUCAUUAUAAUUUAGCGUAUCUAUGUGUUUCGCAUAACCAAGCUUUAGCUUUAAGAAACAAUCGAGAGCACGCACAUACCUGCCUAACAAUAAUAGUGCAUCUCUUUUCGUCUCUGUAUAUAUUUUUGACCGCAAUCCUUCCUAUAGCUAUGUUUAAUAUGGAUUUAACUCUGAGCAGUGUCACCACAGUAGCAGAGAGCUCUGUUAAGAAUUGGGUUCUUUCUAUGCCUCGCAACUAUUCUUGGACAGAGUUUCCAAAAGAACUCAUACAAGUAGAAAUGAGAAUACCUUCCUCGAAAUUGUACUCCUAGGCGAUUUAAAACUCAGCUUUAUUGGUUUUCCACCUUCUGCUGUUACGAAUAAUUUGCCGGAUUUGUCCGCCUUGCCAUCUAGCGGGCUUUAAAGUUUAUUAUACUUAAUGUAAUGCUUAAUGAUAUAUGGCAUGGAAAUUACCCAAUUGUGUGUGAUACACUCACAAAACGUCUAGCCUAAUGAUAGCUAUAGUAAUUUAAUGAGAUUCGAAUGCAAUGAUUUAAGGCAUCGUAGGAAAUGAAUAAGAUAUUGAAACCAACAGCGGAAAAAUCGAUUCGGAACAUUCUGUCAAUUGGAUCCAAUUAUACGCAACCAGCGUACCAUACAUACUUAGACUUACACACAAGCAUCAAUCAGCAGUAUUUGAAUAGCUGUUCCUAGCUAAACGCUCUCACAAUCUUUUAGACUAAAGAGUAAUUCUAUAUCCGUCGUCAUAAGCCACCUUAGAAUGGAUGUGUGUUUGUGUAGCAAAACUUUUGAAAAUAGGCAGAUUUGACCGCUUUGUUAGACAGUGCUGCUGACAGAACUGCGCAUUUGAUGGGUUUUGGUGACACAGUUUACAUUUUCGAUAAUUUUGAAGUAAGUUCUGUGGAGAAUCCCUUUAGGAUUCUUU